AUGGAGCACAACAGGGAUGCAGCCAUCGAGGCAAAGGGUAUUGCAGAGAAGAAGUUUGAAUCCGGGGACUACGAAGGGGCCAGAAGAUUCGCCAUCAAGGCUCAGUAUCUCUUUCCACUUGAAGGCAUCUCCCAGAUGAUCACUACGUUUAGCAUCUAUCUCGCUUCGACGACGAAGAUUGCUGGUCAGAACAACUGGUACGCUAUCCUGUCCUUGCCAAUGUCGGUGGAUGACGAGACACUUGCAAGACAGCGCAAGAAGCUGGUUCGUGAGGUUCGCCCCGGCAGGAACAAGACAGUGGGUGCUUAUGGUGCUUUUUCUCUGAUCCAAAAGGCCUGGGCGGUGCUAUCCAACAAACAAAGAAGGGCAUCGUAUGACCAAUGGCUAUUGCAACAGGAGAUACCCCAGCAUAGUGCUUCUUCAGGAGCUAGCAGCAGUGGGUCCCAAAACUCUCCAGCCAAUGCUUCUACUCCUGAUGAGGCAGGGUUAAUAAGCAACCAAAUGGACGAAGGAUCAUCAGCACCUGCAGUUGAUCAACGCAGCCAACCUCUGGCCACACCAAUUCAGCACCCAGCACCUCUUACAUUCUGGACUUCAUGCAACAAGUGCUACAUGCAGUAUGAAUUCUACAGGAACCAUUUAAAUCUCAACCUUCGCUGCCGUGAAUGUUUCCAGCCAUUCAUAGCAACAGAGACACAGAUUAGUCCAGUGAAGAGGAGGAGAGCUAUGAAUAAAGCUACUAAGAUUGGUUCAUCAUCCUCCACAGCAAGUUUGAGGAAAAAGAGCUUCACUUCUACCGCUAGCCUAGAUUACGGGCGGGCUAGUUUGUUGGAACAACUAGAUGAAGAUUACAGGCGCUAUAUUAUGUUGGGACAAGUAGAGGUUGCUUUGAGGAAACAGCUAAAUGGUACAAGCAACAUGAACGGGGUUGGCAUGGUUGAGGACAACAUUAUUGGUGGAGAUAACAAAGUUCAAGCACCAGAUGAUUCUCCUACACAGAAAGAUGUUCAUGCUGAUCCCAAGCAAUGA